GUCAACUCAAAGUACGAUUCAUCCCUAAAAGAUCCGAAUGAGUUUAGCCCAGUGGGCCUAAGGUCCGUAUAAUAGAAGAUUGUUGGUUACCCCAAUCAUUCUUCUCUCUGGGAGAUUCGAGAAGCUACGCGAACGUCUGAUCGCCAACGCUGUUCAGGUGACGUAAGCAUACAGCCAUGGCGGGCGGUGGGAACUUCAUGAACAGAGUCGUGUCGUACCUCGUCAAUGAGCUUCUGGUCGAUAGCCUCGCCAACAGCCGUGCAUUCCAAAGGUUUGCUGUGAAAACAUCGAAGAGGAUUGAAGAUAUUCAAAAUAUUGCUGCAAAGAAGAAGGAACAACUUGCUGAGCAGAUGAAGGAUUUCUCGAAGAACAUGGAAGAUUCUUUCAAAGAUGGUCGAUGAAGGGUGAUACCUGAGCGGUCGUUGGCCUGGUUUUGCAAACAUGUGUGUACAUAUGGAAUCAUAUUCCUUUCUUUCUCCAUUGCCUUUAAGAGUGGAACCAAAUUUUGAGUUUUUAAGAUUUGCUUUUGAAUGCUUUAUCGGCGAUGAAAUCAUGUCUCGUUUCAAGUUCUUUGUCGUCGAUGUUUGAGACUUUGAAGCCUGUUUUGAGAUUGGAGAGAGACGGAAAUGUAAAUCCUAACAUCUUAUAUUUUACAACACAUGAAGAAAAUGGGAUUAAAAGGCACAAAA